AUGCCCAUGAAUCUCGAUCCCACUCGCCCACCCUCGGUCGUCUCGUCUGGCGGUGCUAUACACCUUGCAUCUCUUCCCGCGAGCCCCGCUCCCGAGAAUGACACCCCGCCCUCCCACGCGGUCACCGUCGCCCUGCGAUGGAACGGGUCAAAGGCUAUGAUCUGGAGAGUACUGGCCACCUUCUGGAGCGCACUGGUCAUGGGCGCCAAUGAUGCAGCAUAUGGGGCGAUAAUCCCUUACCUCCAGCUCGCCUACGACAAGAGCUAUACUAUAAUCUCCCUUAUAUUCCUGUCCCCAUUCCUGGGCUACACUAUCUCCGCGGUCGUUAUUAAUCUGAUCCACCAGCGCCUGGGUCGUCGCGGCGUGGCGUUUAUCGGUCCAGCAUGUCACUUGCUUGCUUUUGCCGUCAUCUCCACACGUCCCCCCUUCCCGGUGCUGGUGAUCAUGUACAUCUUUGUCGGACUGGGUAGCGGGAUCCAGAAUGCCGGGUGGAACGUAUGGAUCAGCAGCAUGGCCAAUUCUCACGAAGUCCUCGGAUGCUUCCACGGAUUCUAUGGCAUCGGGGCUACAGUGAGUCCGCUGAUUGCGACUAGCGUGAUCACGAAAGCUGGCUGGGAAUGGAACUCAUACUAUCACCUUCUGACGGGGACGGCGGCGCUUGAACUCGUCAUUGCCACCAGCGCCUUCUGGGCGGAGACUGCAUCCAGGUAUCAGCAGGAUCAUCCCUCUUCUGCGGGUCGAGAGCGCGGUGGAAGCUCGCUCCACCAGACCCGACUCUCACUCACGUACCGAGCCACCUGGAUCUGUUCUCUCUUUCUCUUCCUGUAUGGCGGCAUCGAGGUCGCAAUCGGAGGGUGGAUCGUCGUAUUCAUGACUAGUGUCCGCCACGGCAGCUCCUUUGCAUCGGGCAUGGCUGGAACGGGCUUCUGGCUCGGCGUUACGCUGGGCCGCUUUGUGCUGGGGUUCGUCACCCCUCGCAUUGGCGAGAAACGAUCGAUUGUCCUGUACAUUUUGCUUGCCAUUGCACUGGAGAUGGUCUUCUGGCUGGUUCCGGAGUUUGUUGUCUCCGCCGUAGCCGUGGCCCUGGUGGGAUUCUUCUUGGGAACCAUCUUCCCCGGCGUUGUGGUGGUUGCGACGCGGUUGUUGCCCAAGCACCUGCAUGUCGCCGCCAUUGGAUUUGCAGCGGCGGUCUCGAUGGGCGGGGGAGCCGUCUUCCCUUUCGCGAUCGGUGCGAUCGCACAGGCCAAGGGAGUGACAGUCCUGCAGCCCAUCUUAGUGGCGAUGUUGGCGGUUGCGCUGUUGAUCUGGGGGACGGUACUGCGAGCUCCGGUCCCGCAGUCACAGCAUGAGGUUUGA